AACUCUAUCAGAGUGAAUGAUAUUGUAGGUCAAGAUGGCGCUCCAUGAUCUAGAGUGAGUCAUGGCGUCCCUGGAGUCUACAAAACAGCAGUAUGCACGGCCACUUUUAUAGAUGGACACAACUGCAUCUGAAACAGAGCGAAAACUACACGGACUUUAAUUUAAACAACACGUUCUAUUCCUUAAUUAACCAAAGGAAAAUUGUAUUCCAUUUAGAGAACUGGCUUUGGGGUUUAAAAAGAAAUAUAUGUUUGUAAAGACGACCUAAUGAGUGUUUCAGGUAAUCCAUAUUCAUCCGCUCUGAGUUCCUGCCUCACGCGCAUUGAAGGCAGCGGAACCCGGAUGGAACUGUCAUGGCUGCCGUCACCGACCUGCCAGUCUAAAGAGAAAAGAGAGGAGCCUUUAUUCUAAAGCAUGGAGGUUGACCUGACAGCAUCAGAUGAUCCCCCUGAAAGCCAUGACCAGAGCCAGGAUGAUGAUACCUUACUGGACCACACUUUGCCUCUUGAGUUGGCGCAUCAGCUUCCAGAGACAGCCCCUUGCAACGAGCAUUGUGACCAAGAUGAAACACCCCCUGAGGAGUCAGUCACUGAUAAUCUUCACAGCAAAGCUUCUGGAAAGACUCCAUGUAAGAUGCAGCAGGGUGCAAUCUUCUCUGGAAAAAUACUGAGUUUUUGUUGCUCUGAAUGCAAAGACGACACCACUUACAGCCCCAACGACUUGCUGAAACAUUUUCAAGGAUCUCACAAGGGAACCCUUCCAACUUAUCCUUGUGAUCUGUGCUCGUUUGUCACCAAUGAAUUCUCAUCUCUUCAGCGUCAUCGCAUCGGACAUCGAAACACUUUGGUCACGUGCGAGAUUUGCAACGAUGGGGUGCAGUAUUCACUUCUUUUGCUCACCAGGCACUUUACCAACUGCCACAGCCGUAAUGGACAGUUUCGCUGUAAAAAGUGUGAGUUCUCCACCAGAGAUGCAGGAACCUUUGUUCAGCACACCCAUCAUCACAACGAACGUAAUCACAAAUGUGUGAAAUGUCCGCAUGGUAGCCCCACGCAAGGAGAGCUUCAGAAGCAUACCUUGGUGCAUUCUGGGACUUUUCCUUUCUCUUGUCAGAUUUGUGGAUAUAGCGCAGCUCGCAAAGAGUACCUGAACAAACAUCUUACAGUGGCUCAUGGUGAGGAGAUGAACAAGAGGAGAGCAAAUGAGGACAAUUCUGGAAUCAAUUCACCUGGACUAAAAAUCCUGCUUAAGAAGUCUCCUCCUGUUGGAGGAUCUAGAGAACCGCAGUGGAUGUCAAAACUUAACUCACUCCCUGGUGUAGGUCUGCUCGAUCAUAACGGCAGGUUGUUUAAUCCUGAAAAAACCUUGGAGGAGACCCAGCAGUUUCUUGAAAGAGCUGUUGGGGUUAAAAAAGAAAAUAAUAAAUGGACAAAGUCUCCCGUACAAACCGAGCCACAAACUUUGCACCUUAUUCCGUCAACAACGCCACAACCAAAGUUACAAGAGCAUGAGAUUAGUCCAGGAAGUCCAGGACUUCUGAAUUCAACCAACAGCAAUGGACUGACUGUUCUUAUGGUGAAAAAUAAAAUAUCUAUUCCACCAAACUGUACCACUAAAGUCAUGGGCUUUAAGAUAGUAGAUGGUAAAAAACAUUUAGUUCUAAAAGUCAUACCGACAAAACCAGAAGACUCCACUGAAAAUGAGCUUUCUGAUUCACACCUCGGUGAAGAUGAAGAUAAAACAACCAGCAGCCCCUGCUCUUCAUCCUCACCAAUCAUAGGAUCUCUCCUCAGUUUAGAGUCUGGAGAAUCAAAUGAGCCAUCUUCAAUAAAAGAAGAGUCACCAGAAGUUGAAAAUCACAUUGGCAACCAUCUCCCCCUGACAGAUGAGCACAAAGUUAGCUUUAUGAUUGCAAGUAAGGCAAGGCAGGUUACAAAUGAGGAUACAGAAGUCUCACAUGGUGUUAAAGUACUGUCUACAGCAUCAAAAGAUGCUGCGCUUUCCCUGAGUCAGAGCCGCCAAUCGAAUGGGAGGUCAUCGCCUCAUCUUCAUGACGUAUCUUUCCUCUGUUCAAGUGAAAAAAGCUACAUUGAUAAUAUCCAAACAGCAAAUCCAGCCGCUUCACCUCAUGUUUCAAAAUCAGAGCUUCCCUCUGCUUAUUCUGAGAGCACACUCUCUAAUUUGCAAAUUGCUCAAGUAGACUCAUCUGAAUAUGAGGCUACAGCAUUAGCUACAGUUAUGGAUCAACAUUCAGGAUUACAGUCACCUGGUGAUGCAACCACACAUCCUUCCUGUGACUCUUCCGAUUCAAAAUCUGACCCUGAAAUGUCUGUAGAUGACAAGUUCACACACGUUGAUAUCCUGGAAUCUAAACUUCCAACUGCAGAUGCAACAUUUUCUGUGCUGUCAGAAGAAUCUCUUAUCCAGGAACCUCGAUUCAGUUCAGUGGCUGCAGAAGGGCAGGAUUCUGACAAAGUUGAGACAUCUUUUUGUGAGAUGACUGACAUUAAGACCUCUAACGCAAAAGUUGGAGAGAGCUCUCAGUUUUACCCAAAUGCUCCUUCUGACUCAAGUCAGACUAAAGCUUCAGACAGUGUAGUUGUAAAGUUCUCUGAAGUAACUAAAAACAAAACAACUGAGGCAAACUCAGAAAAUGAAACUAGUAAAGGUGCAUCACCUGAUGCCAAAGAUUGUAACACAGAGGUUGAAAAUAACUUUCUCAAUUCCCCAAGUCAAGAGGUCUUUAGUUUCCACAAUUAUUCUAAAGAUUCCUUCGGGAGCUCUCCUGAUUCAUUGCAGCCUGAGGAAGACUCACUGGAAGGGCUGGAGGAAGAAGAGUGUGAGGAAGAUUUUGGUGACUGGAGCUUAACUCUGCCGGCAUCGCCUCCUCUUCCAGCUGAAGAAGAUAGCAAGGCAGUGGCUAAUGUGAGUGAUCCGCUCUCUGAAAGUGGAGAGAGAGCAUUAGAGCGAGUGUCGGAUAGCGAUAUCGAGGUAGAUGAGUGCAUAGCUACUGUUGAUGAUUCACUCAUUCCUGUGCUUCCAGAAAAAGGAGUAGAAAUGGCUUGUUCAUCAGCAUCAGAGAAGAAACCAGAAGGCAUCACAUUUGCAAGUGAGAACACUGCGGCAAACUUGACUAGUGCAGCUGUUUUGGGCAAGAUACUUGAAAAGCACUCGGAUGCUAUUAUCAGCCAGCAGCUUGAGAAAGAAAGAAUGAGGACUUCAGCUACAGGACAAGAAACUGUUAGGCCGACCAAAACCACACUUCGGAUUUUGCAAACACCUGAAGGAAAACAGCAGAUGUUCCUUCAGACUACAGACACUCCAUAUGCUGUGCCAGUUCAGCUGAAAAGUGGGGCUGGGUUCAAGCUGAUUACUAAGUCCAGUUCUCCCAACAUUAAUGUGUCCUAUGUGAAACCUGGGAUUGAGACGGCCAGCAAGACAAAGGGAGUAGCUCUGACUUUAAACGGAGGCAGAAUUGGCAUGUCUGCGCAAAGUUCAGGUCUGGAAACUAAAGGUCAAACGUCUAUCCAAAUGGCACCGAGCGGCAGUGGAAAUCGCUACUUUGUCAAUGCUGCAGCUCUUAAAGCAUCUCUUCUCUUGUCAGGUGCUGUCAAGUCCUCAUCCGGAGAACAGGCGACCAACGUGCCACAGACUUGUUAUUUAGUUCAGAGACCAGUCCCCGUUACCCCAGUUAGUAGCGAGUCAAAUGGCCCAAGUUCUAAGACUGUGCUUGCAACUCGUCCUGUAUUGGCCAUGCCUGUGAAUUCAGCAGAUAAAACCAGUCCCUUGCAGUCUGGGAGACAAGCUUACCUGGUUAGAUACAUUUCUCCAGCUAAGUCAGGUAUACUUUUAAACAAUUCAGAUGGGAAAGCUUUGAACCAGGGCAACCAAGUCAAUGAGGCUGGCAAAAACAGGGUAUUCCUUAAGAUAGUUAGAGGUCCCAACGGCACCAGAUUUCUCUCCACCACUCCAUACACCACAUCCAAAAAGUCAGUAUACCUUGCCACAAGCUCUUUACAGUCACCUUGCUUGUUAAUGUCUUCAAAUAAAUCUUUAACCAGUGUGUCUGCAGGUCUGAAAACCUCUACUAAUUCCCAAGGUCUCACUCAUAAACUCGUCCCAGCAUCCCAGCUUAAACAUAUUCUACCCCAAUCCAGUGUUCAAAUCAAAAGCAGGGCUGAUCAUGAUGUAGCAUUACAGAAGUUGCCACUUGUUCCCAGUCCCAUCCGUCCACGAAGCCAAAGGAAACGGAGCCGAAGGGCUUUGUUUGAGGAAAUGCUGGAGCGCUCCUCCAAAACGAGGAGAAUCUCAAGCAAGUCGACUGAGAAAGAUGCUACCUCAAUUUGGGAGCCUGUUGCGAAAGAUGCAGUGAGAACGCUAAAGCUCUGUCCCUUUAGUCCACUUCAAGAAAUCAAAUGUCCCCGCCGAAACCAGCCUGUGGUUGUGCUGAACCACCCAGAUGCAGACAUUCCUGAAGUUGCUAGCAUCAUGAGGUCAGUGAACAAAUACAAAGGUGAAGUUCUCAAGGUGGCACUGUCCCAAAGUACAGUUAAAGCCCUCUCUGAGUCUCCAAAUACACUUUCAAAGCAGAAUGCUUUCAAUGGAAAUGGGAGCGAAAGAUCAAGGCCAGUUGGAGGCACUGUUCAAGAGAGAUUCAUACUGAAACUAAAGUUAAAAAAGACUAGCAGAAAUAAGUAUGAGGUGGUGAGGUCCUCAUCCGCCGGUUCAGAGCAGCAGUCAACAUUUUGUUGCUGGUUUUGUGGCCGAGUUUUCAACAACCAAGAGGACUGGAUCGGCCAUGGUCAACGGCAUCUAAUGGAGGCAACACGAGACUGGAAUAAGCUGUUCUAAUGCAACUACAGAGCCCCUGGAUUGGGCCAAAUGCCAUCCUUCAUUGUAGAAAACAGAUUUUUUGUAAUCUUUUCUUUUUUUAAUAGUACAGUAAGAUACAGUUAACCUGUUGAUAUUAUUUUUCCAUAGAUUUUUCUCCAGAAGCUUUUAAAGGGUAUAGUGUUAUAGAGAAGAGUUUGGUACCUGAAACAAGUUUGUAUGUAAAUAAUUUUCACCCUUGUAUAUUUAAGUCGAAACCCUUGAGUAUGUACAGAAUGGAACUGUGAAAACUGGACACACUGUAUGUUUAUGGUGCAAGCAAGAAGAUCACUGGUAUAAGAUGGUGCUGUCUCUUAUAGACCUUUUUUAAUGCAGACAAUUGAACCAAUUUCUCAGGUAAUUCCAUAGUCUUUGAAUGAGUGAAUGGUCCAGUUGAUAAAGAGGUAAUUAUCUUUCAUUCUGAAGCUGUGUUUGUAGAUUGAAACAUUAUGUACCAUUUAAGUACAGUUUAAAUUGUCUACAUAUGUCAUGCCUACAUCACUGAACCAUACUGAUUUCACAUUAAUGUUCUUUGGGGCUUAGAUAUUGUGAAAAGUUCAAAAUACAUUGAUCUGCAAAUUUAAAGAGAUGGUUCACCCAAAAAUUAAAAUUGUCAUUUAGUUCCAAACCUUUAUGUCUUUUUGUUCUGUGGAACACAAAAGAUGGUAUUUUGAAACAUUUCCUUUGUUUUUUGUUCAUACAAUGAAAAUCAGUGUCGUUUAAUGUUGUUUUGGACCCCGUUGGUUUUCAUUGCAUGGACAAAAACUGAAAAAAAAACAACAUUCUUCAGAAUGUUCCACAGAAGAAAAAGUCAUACAGCUUUGGAACAACACAAGGGUGAGCAAAUGGCUAUUUUCAUUUUGGGAUAAACUAUUCCAUUAAGUAUUAUUUUAGAAUAUUGCCUAAAAACAAGCCCAACUGGUUCCUGUGGAAACCAUCCUUUUGAAAUGAUGUGUCCUUUGAGGUGGUUUGCCAUUAAUACGCUGAAUUUGUUCUCAUGUUGUUUCUUAGGGUCAGUUUUAUGUUUUGCCUGUACCAUUCAUCUCCCUUCAUUACAUCAAAUCAGACCCGGUGUCCUUCCAGUAGCAAUAAUGGACUUUAUAAUAGUUGGAAUGUUUUUCUCUGUAAAGAUAUGCUGAACCUACAUCUGUUAGUUAUGGCUUUGGUGCUUUUUGUUUGUCCUUUCCCUUAUUCGAAAUGAAGAAAUGCACCUGUAAAUGUACUAUUAUGCUUUACUAAAAAAAGAUAAAACGGGAUGUAUUGAGAUGCAAGCCAACAAACCUCAAAUAGCCAACCAAACACUAACUGUAUUUUCAUUUUCUGUGAUACUUGAGUGCCUCAUUCUGCCUCAAAGUUUUAACAAGAAGGUCUGUUUCAUUUCAUUUUAAAGUCCACUUUUGUAAGAUUAUUGUGUGCUUAGCAGAGUUAAAAGAUUGACCAUUCAUUUGCGCUAGACUACAUUGAUUUUUGUUUUCAACUGAUUUGUAAACCAUUGAAGUUGAGAAUUCCUUUAAACUAUUUUUGAGACACUGUUUUCUCAUUGAUAGCCCCAAUAUCAAGUCUUUUCAAUAUGGGUUUCUGUCCCGUAUGAACAACUGUUUUUGUUAACAUUAAGUAUAUCCUUUACAUUAAAAGAAUGCUUUACUAGACAUUUGAUCCAACUACUGUUUAUGUCAACUCAGUUAACACUGACCAGAACUGAUACAGUGUACUCAAUGGUGCUUUUGAAUUGAUCUGUCAAUCUGCUAAUUUUUGAGUUUCUUUUAUAGAAUUUCUCUUUAAUUCUAGAUAAACGCCUCACAAGUGCUCUGAUCUGCUACGCCGAACUCUCAAUGAGAAAUCUCUGUAAUUGUAAGGACAGAUGUAUUAAUUUGUCUGUGUAUAUUAAUUGUUUUCUGUCCAUUGUGCUUGAAAGAAGCUUUGAUGGCAGAGAGGUAAUAAUCCAUCCUUGAUUUAAGUAGCGAGUGUUAAGUGUAUUAUAGUUGUCAGGAUAAAUCAGUGAUUUCUCUGUAGCUUUACUUUCCUGUGUUUGGUCAUUUUAACUGUUUCUAACACAUGAGGACUGUUGUUGGCUUAUAGCGUUUUAUUUUCAAUAUUCACUCAGUAUGUACGUCACCCUCUCUGUGACAUGACAAUCACUGUUAUACAUGUGAAGUAGUGGAAUUGUUUAUGCAAACCAUAACAGUUGGCUAAUAUUCAGCUCAAAUGGCCCAGCUUGAAACAAGUAAUGUUAUGCCAUGAAUGAGCAAAAAAUAUAGUCCUCACUCAGACACCUGUCAACCAAAUAAUGUUUGUCUUGAGGCAAAAAUGUCCUUCCUUUUUGUUGUAAGGCCCAUGUCACACAGGUUUUAUUGGAUUCUGAGAGACAAGUUUAUUUUUUUAUGCUAAGUGCCUAAAAUGUGAUGCACCAGGUUGACACUAUAUUGUACUGUAUUUACCUCCUUGCAGUUCCUUCUUUAAUAAAUGUAAAUACCUUUGAA